AUGAAAACCAUCAUUGCCGCAUUCCUCGCACUCAGUGCCUUGGCUAUGGUCAUUGCUGGAGAUGUUGAUAGGGAUGAUAUUCCCGAACAAUGCACCUCGGUUUGUGUGAAUCUACCGGACGUUUCAACCGAGUGCGACCGUCUUUUCGAUGCUGACAGGGAUGAGACCGCCUGUAUUUGUGCCAGUGCUGGUGCCGAAGAAGCCAUCCCACUUUGUGCUGCUUGCAUUGAACAUUACGACGACAGCGAUAAUGACGACGACGACGAUGACGACAAUAGCGAUAAUGAUGACGACGACAAUGAUGUCAGUGAGCUGCUUAGGAGCUGUGGCUUCUCCACCGUCACUUUUAACCCGGCGAGCACAUAUACCGUCCGCAACAUUAUACCUGCUGCCACUCUCCUCAAAGAGUGA